AUGGCGGACGGGGCUCGCUCGCAGCUUGGCGGCAGCCCGGCCCCUAGCCCGGUGCUGGGCGGGCGGGGCCGCGUCUCGUCUUCGUCGUCGUCCUCCUCGUCGUCCGCCAUCCCGCCGGGUCACAGCUUCCGCAGGGUGACCCUCACCAAACCCACCUUCUGCCACUACUGCACCGAUUUCAUCUGGGGGCUGGCCGGUUACCAGUGCGAGGUUUGCAACUUCAUGUCCCACGAGAAGUGCCUCAAGAAUGUCAACAUACCUUGUUCAUGUAUUGCUCCCAGCCUUGUAAGGAUUCCAGUUGCACACUGUUUUGGGCCUCCAGGGCAUUACAAAAGAAAGUUCUGCACGGUGUGCAGGAAGUCACUGGAGUCACCUGCCUUUCGAUGCGAAGUCUGUGAGCUGCAUGUCCACACAGAUUGCAUCCUGUUUGCUUGCAGUGACUGCCGGCAGUGUCACCAGGAUGGGCACCAGGACCACGACACUUACCAUCACCACUGGAGGGAGGGAAACCUUCCUUCAGGAGCUCGUUGUGAAGUUUGCAAAAAAACCUGUGGCUCUUCUGAGGUGCUGUCUGGCAUGAGAUGUGAAUGGUGUGGCAUCCUGGCUCAUGCUGCUUGCUACGUAGCUGUCUCACCAGAGUGUACCUUUGGACGAUUAAGGAACAUGAUUCUUCCUCCGAGCUGCGUGCAGUUAUUUUCUCGCAACUUCAGCAAGCUGCACUGCUUUCGAAUAUCAGAAAACCUGCAAACAGAAUCAGAUGAAGGGGAUGAUAUUGAUGGGUCCACACAGGGGCCAGCAAAAGAUGUCCAAAUUUCAACAGAUUCAAGUAAACAAACGUUAAAGAUAUUUGAUGGGAGUGAUGCAGUGAAACGCAAUCAAUUUCGACUGAUUUCAGUUCCAAGGAUUGCAAAAAAUGAAGAAGUUGUGGAAGCUGCUUUGAGAGCAUACUAUAUAAAUGAUGACCAGCAGGAGUAUGAGCUGCAGACCUUUACGCAGCAGGCACUGCUGUCUGAUGACAUUAUCAACAGGAAUGAUGCUGCAGAAGACAGCAACUUGGGCUUAAUAUUCCGAGAAUCUGUUCCCGAAGCCUGGAUUAUUAGAGCCAAACCAAAGGAUGAGGAGGUGAUCAGAAUUUAUCCUGCCUGGCUGUGGGAGGGAAUGGCAUACAUUUCUCUUCGAGUAAAUAAGAAUAGCACUACACAGACUGUGAUCAAAGAAGCUCUGCCAUUACUUGGAAGGCAGACGGGGUGCCUCCAGAAUUUCAAGCUGGUUGAAGUGCUGAUGGGCAGUAAGCAAGUUCAGCGCAUGGUGUUGGACAAUCAGGAGCUGAUUCUACACAGACUCGAAGACAUAAGAAAGAUUUCAGUACGCCAGAUGAAUCAAACAAGGUUUUACAUAGUGGAGAACAGUAAAUCCGCUGUACAAGUAAAUAUGUUUGUUGGUGGGCUCCCACCUCUGCUUUCCCCUGAAGAGUACAUGAAUAUUCUCAAGGAUGAAUUAGCUAUCAAAACAAACGUAGUAUCUCUGAGUCAUGUUUAUCAAGCACAAGGAGCUGUUGUACUCGAAAUUUCAUGUUUUUCUGAAGCUGAAAGAAUAUAUAUGCUAGUUAAGGAUACAACUGUCAAUGACAAGCCUCUGAAUGCUGUGGUGAUUCCAGAAGUUAUGGCUUCCAAGAUCCCGCAGAACUGCUGGCCACUGCUCGUAUUUGUGAAUCCAAAAAGCGGUGGUCUGAAAGGUCGGGAUCUGCUGUACUGCUUCAGAAAGCUGCUGAAUCCACAUCAGGUCUUUGAGCUUACCAAUGGUGGUCCUUUGCCUGGGUUUCAUACGUUCUCCAAAGUCCCCUCCUUCCGAGUGCUGGUGUGCGGAGGUGAUGGCACCGUGGGUUGGGUUCUUGGUGCACUGGAGGAGAUCAGGCACAAGCUGGUGUGCUCAGAGCCUUCUGUUGCCAUCCUGCCUCUGGGAACAGGUAAUGACUUAGGACGAGUUUUGCGCUGGGGAGCUGGCUACAGUGGGGAGGACCCCUACUCCAUCUUGGUUUCUGUGGAUGAAGCAGACGACGUUCUGAUGGACCGCUGGACUAUUCUGUUGGAUGCUGAAGAGCCUGCUGAAGGUGCAGAGAAUGGCAUGGCAGAAUCCGAGCCCCCCAAGAUUGUACAGAUGAACAAUUACUGUGGUCUUGGCAUUGAUGCAGAGUUGAGCUUGGACUUUCAUCAUGCUAGAGAAGAAGAACCAGGGAAAUUUAAUAGCAGGUUUCACAACAAAGGAGUCUAUGUUAAAGUUGGGCUGCAGAAGAUAAGCCAUACCAGAAACCUUCAUAAGGACAUAAAGCUUCAGGUUGACCAGCGAGAGGUGGAGCUACCAAACAUAGAAGGACUCAUUUUUAUUAACAUACCCAGCUGGGGGUCUGGAGCUGAUCUCUGGGGCACUGACAGUGAUGACCGCUUUGAGAAACCACGCAUUGAUGAUGGCCUGCUGGAAGUUGUUGGUGUCACUGGUGUUGUUCACAUGGGUCAAGUCCAGAGUGGUUUUCGUUCAGGCAUCCGCAUAGCCCAGGGCUCAUAUUUUCGUGUAACGCUCCUAAAGCCAAUUCCAGUUCAAGUUGAUGGAGAGCCCUGGAUUCAAGCCCCAGGACAGAUUAUUAUUUCUGCUGCAGGACCAAAGGUUCGUAUGUUGAAAAAAUCCAAGCAGAAAAAAAAAACUGGAAGCCUGAGAGAGAUGAGAGUGGAUAGCAUGUGAGUAUGUGGAGGAGGACCUGAACAGAGACCUGUGCUCAGAAUGGAUGCAGCACAACUGAAGAUAGCUCGGUAAAACCGAGCUGACAACUGGUGAAGAAGCAUUGUUUAUGAGUGUGCCUUCAUUACAUUUUGAUAGUACUGGGUUCUACUUAGUCUUUCAGAGAUAGUGCCUCGUUGUUACAAGUAACUGUUAUGUACCACUUGCCUCAUUUGAGAUGUUUUCUUUGGGUUGCUCUUCCGUAAACCGUUGCCCAUUUUUUUUGUGUCUUUGGCCACCAGGGCCAAAGAAAGAUUAUGAAAUGCCAAGCUUCCUGCUUCUGCUCUCACAAAGACUCUUCCCGUCCUCCCUGCUUUUUCUUUUAGAAAAUUAUCCAUAGAAAAACUUGGUGCAUCCUUCCAUAAAUUAAACUGUGUUGUUUCAAGUUAAUACCUACAGUAACCUCUGUACAAAAGGCAAAGACAUGAGCUGCUGAGAACUCCUUGGAUCAGUCCGAAUAACACAGAUGAAACAGCGCUGCCUUAGAAGAGAGAAAAUACAGAACACAGGAGAGAUGAUUUCUCUAAAAGCCUGUUGUGCUAGGAAGUUGAGUCCAGUUGAGUCCAGCUAUUUCAGAGAGUUUAUUUCAACAGCAGGUGGACAGAAUGGAUGAAGGGCAAACAGCUUUUAAGUAAAUUAUCAGUUAAAGUUGGUAACAAAGCCUGUUUAAAAGGCAUUUGAAUUUCAGCAGCCACCACUCCAAAGUAGAAAAGGAACAAGAAUACCUGGGUCACUGUUGCAGUACACUGUUGCAGUGGCUAUUUUCUGUCACUGAGAGCAUUAUCUUUAACAGCAGGCUUUUCUUCCUGUCUUUUCUUGUAUUAUCUCAUGUUCGCUUAUUUGUUGGGCUGCUAUUUAAAAGCCAGCUCCAAGACUUGUAACUAAUUAGUGUAAA